AAUAUUUGUCUUCAUUUUUUUUUAGCAUUCUUUGUAUUUUUUAUUUUUUUCUGGAGGUUUACGAGUGGUUUCGCGGAGUGCUCGGUUAUGCUAGUUGGCAUUGUGAUGUUUUGCUUCGUGCUGUACCCGAUCACCGUGAGUGUGGUUGAUUUGACUUUUGCUUCUGUGCGGGCGAUGCUGGAGUAGGUCCUGGUGGUGGUGGUGGUGUGCUUUUUUGAGUCUUAGCUGGAAAGUUGAAUGUGUGUCAGGGGAAGAGACUCAGAUCUAUGGUUUUGUCAAACCGAAAUGAAUUGUAGAUUACACAUUUGACUUGGAUUAUGUAGGGAACAUUUUUGCUGUAUCCUAUUUUGUACGUGCAGGUUCGUCAAAUAUAAAUAUUCAAUUCCUGUCUGGGAGUUUUGGAGGAUUGACUGGAGUUCAUUGCAUAUAAGUUCUUCUCUGUGUGAAACUUAUAUUAAACAAUGGAGGACUCAACUAUCGAGGACUCCCCCAAACAGAGGAACUGGCCCAUUUAUCUUUACAUUCCUAACAUUAUUGGAUAUGCCAGGAUUAUCGCCAAUGUCGCAGCUUUUGGAGUUGCCUUUACAAACAAAAAACUGUUUGCUAUUCUCUACUUUGCAAGCUUUGUAUGCGAUGAACUUGAUGGUCGCUUUGCUCGCAUGUUUAACCAGAAAUCAACUUUUGGAGCAGUUUUAGACAUGGUGACUGACAGGGUUAGUACUGCUGCACUCUUGGUACUUCUGACCCACUUCUACAAGUCCCAUUACGGACUGUUCCUUGGACUUCUCGCUUUGGACAUUUCCAGCCAUUGGUUACAGAUGUUUAGCACUCACUUGUCGAGCAAGGCAAGUCAUAAGGACAUGGGUGACAGCAAGAGCACUCUUCUUCGUCUGUACUACCAGCAUCGCUACUUCAUGGGAUACUGCGCCAUUGGGGCUGAGAUUGCUUAUAUACUUCUCUACAUGCUCGCCGCUGACGGGAACAUCGGAAGCCCUUACGAGGUUGCAAGACAUGCUGUUGCUGAGAGGACAGUCUACGGUAUUGUACUAGUGAUUGCGCUCCCUGGCUGUGCGAUUAAACAACUUGUGAAUCUUGUCCAGAUGAAAACGGCAGCUGAUGUGUGCGUAAGAUAUGACACCCACCGGUAUAGUUCCAAGAGCCAGUAGCCUGCAUCCCUUAGAAAUUCUACGAGUUUUAGUUGUUUUAUAAGUAGCUUAUAGUAAGGUUGGCACUCAAGUUUUUUAUGAGCAACUGGUCAUUCAGAAUGUAUCAUAUAGCUUGAAAUGAUUCCGUCCCAUUUUGUAGAGUUCAAGUAUUGUACAAUUUUUUUAUUACAAUACAUCACUCUUGUUCAUUGUUCAA